GUUCGGUUGAGCUCCAAGUAGACCAGCGGCAGCGGCGGCGGCGGCGGCGACGGUGGCGGCGGUGCCGGAGGCGCUGAGGGAGGCGCAGGCGGAGCCGGGCGGGCGCGCGAGCGAGCCAGUGGGCAGCCGGGCCGGCGGGAGAGCGGCGGCGGCGGCGGCACCGGCACCCCAGGCCGAGCCGGCGCGGGAGGAGUUCCAGGGCGAUGGGGCCGCGGCCGGGGCUGACGCUUUGACAGCUGGAAAGAGCGCGGAGCCAGCGCCUGGGGGGGAGGGAGGGGAGCGCGGCGAGGAGAGCGCGAGCGAGUGAGCGAGCGAACGCCGGGGAGGGGGCCGGGAGCGAGGGGGCAGCUUGGGAGCAGCCGGAGCGGUAGCGGCGGCGGCGGCGAGGCUCGGCGCCCUCUUCUCUGCAAAUCAUGUUUGCCAAAGGCAAAGGCUCGGCGGUGCCCUCGGACGGGCAGGCUCGGGAAAAGUUAGCUUUAUACGUCUACGAAUAUUUACUGCACGUAGGAGCACAGAAAUCUGCACAGACCUUCUUGUCGGAGAUUCGAUGGGAAAAAAACAUCACGUUGGGAGAACCGCCUGGGUUUUUGCACUCGUGGUGGUGCGUAUUUUGGGACCUUUACUGUGCAGCUCCUGAAAGGCGAGACACUUGUGAACAUUCAAGUGAAGCAAAAGCCUUUCAUGAUUACGUGAGUAACAAAUUUUUAAUCCUGGCGAUAAUUGCAGGGUUGGAUAACUCGACUUCUUUAGUACCAAAUACAAAUACACAGCCAACUGGCAGUGGUCUUUGUUUUCUCCUUGCCUUUCUUUUUGUCCUGCCCACCUCCCUGCUGCCCUUGCCCCGUGCUCUCCUCCAGGAGCGGUCUAACUCGGUGAAUGGUGUUUCAUAAUGUUAUAGUUAUGCAGAAGAGUGUAGAUACCUAUCUGGAGAAUUAAAUGGCGUUGUGCAGGGCUCAACCACGUGGGGUUUAUGUUCUGAUUGGGCAGUCACCUGGGAGGAUGGUGGGGCUGAGCCUCUUUGGUGCUGGUUUAUGAAGAAGUUGACCACAACCAAGAAAAAUAAAAAGUAAAUAUGAAACUUGUGUUUUGGAGUAGAAAGUGUGUUUGAGUGAGAAUUUGGUGAAAUAGAUUCUUA